ACUAUGGGAAGACAAAUAGACACACUGUUUGAAAUGAAUUAAUCAUUAACGUGCAACUCUGUGAAUAAUAUUAUAUGUCUACGUUGUAAACACAGUCUGUGGUCAUAAGGGUUUGUCACGUUUCCUCAGCUAUCGUUGGUUGUUUCUGUCUGACAAGAUCACAUGACCCGAGGCGCCCAUGUAUCGUUAGCUUGUUAGCAGCUAGCUGCGUUAGCAUCGAGCCUUCGGGGUUCACCAGGAAACGGUGCGACCUGACGUUAUCUCGAGCCACACCAAGGCGAGGAGCUGUCAAACACAGGCUUUAAUAUUAAUUCAGUGGUUUCGUGUUCUGUUUCUCGUUGACUCAGUAGCUGCUUGGCCCAAACUGUAAGCUGGUUGAACGUUAACGUUACCUAACGUUGUAUGGCCGCUCAUAUCAACAUUAAACAUACGAGCAUGUGACCAAGGACCGGGGUCUACAGCACAUGAUCUGGACAAGUGGAGGAGGCCAAAAUCUAUCAGGGGUAAAUUAUUCUAAAGUGGUCGAUCGGGAUUGAACAGCCAUGACGACAAAGACAUCCCUGCUCAAAGUCAUUCUGCUGGGUGAUGGCGGUGUCGGAAAAAGCUCCAUCAUGAAUCGUUACGUUACCAACAAGUUUGAUGCGCACCUCUUCCACACCAUUGGCGUGGAGUUCCUCAACAAGGAACUGGAGGUAGAUGGCCACCAGGUGACCCUACAGAUCUGGGACACUGCUGGCCAGGAGCGCUUCCGCAGCUUGAGGACUCCUUUCUAUCGUGGCUCCGACUGCUGCCUGCUCACCUUCAGUGUCGAUGACAACCAGAGUUUUCUCAAUUUAGGCAACUGGAAGAAGGAGUUCAUCUACUACGCAGAUGUCAAGGAGCCAGAGACGUUUCCAUUCGUGGUCUUGGGCAACAAAGUGGAUGUGACAGAAAGGCAGGUGUCAUCCGAGGAGGCUAAGCAAUGGUGCCAGGAGAACGGGAAUUACCCCUAUUAUGAGACCAGUGCCAAGGAUGCCACCAAUGUAGCGGUGGCCUUUGAGGAGGCAGUGCGCAGAGUGUUGGCAUUGGAUGAAAGAACGGACCACCUCAUCCCCACAGACACAGUCAAGCUCCACAGAAAGCCUCGCUCUGCUGGCACUUGCUGUUCAUAACAUCCAGGAGCUAAUCACUAACAAAUAUUUGCUGUUAUGUGACGAGGCUGUAGGUUUACAAUGCUGUAGUAACAACUUAUUUAAACAAAUUAUACCACUGGCUUUAUGAUUUGUUGUACUGUUGAAGUUUGAUCGUGCUAACAGUUGGACUUCUGUUUGAAGAGAGGAGAGGAAACACUAAAUGCAUCUCUAAUUACAAAUAAACAUGAAAUCACUGAAGCAUUCACGUAACUCUGCCACAGUUCAAAGGCCGGGCUUUGGAGAAGUAGCAGAAAAAUGAACUAUAUUUUGUGUUGUCCCAAGACUAUCUGUGGGGAACUAGACAAAUAUCAUAUUGGAACAGAGGAAAUAUCUGUGAAAAGUUUUACUUCCCUCUCAAAGGGUUAAAUGUUCCUUUCUGUCAUGAAGGCAAAUGAUGUGACUACCUUGGGAGUGAGAUCAAAGGGUUUCUGAAUGUCACUCCUAAAUCAAAUAAUACAUGACCGCAUAAUUAAAUAAGUUAUGCAGCUUAAUAGACUUAUUUCUGAGAAUUAUGAAGUAGCUAAGUCUCUACUAUGUGUAACUAACACAUUGAGGCUAAUGCACACUCAGUUUUUGUGCACAUUCUGCUUAGUGAAUAGAUUAUCGCCGUGGGACAAGAUCCCCAACAUAAGAUCAAUAUUGAAGCAAAGUUAACAUGCAUGGCCUGUGGUGUAAUUAAGUUUCUGGAACCUUUUGUAUUUUGUAAACAGUUUUUACCUUAAAAAAAUCAAUAUUGCCUUGAGGAAAGCGUAAUGAAGGAGUGGUCAUGAUUGAGUAAACUGCUUUCUUUCUUUCUCAUUGUUGGGUUUAUUGUUUUAAAUCAUUUUUAUCUUUUAUGCACUAACAUUUUUCCAUUUUUAACAGUUUGAAGUUUUUCCCGCAGCUUAAUAUUUAAAAUGGUGAACCGUUCAUGUUUGGACUGUUUGUCAUUCACAUUUCAUUUACAUUCAAAGUUGUACUACUGGUAUGCCAAAUGAUAAAUAAACCCCCAGAGAAUCGUCUCUUAAAGCAUGUUUUGUAGCCCGCAAACUCUGACAAGUGACAUGUUUGUUAACCCAAAGUUUGGACUGAACAGGAUGUUACCAUUCUGCUGUGCUUAACCACUGCAAUGAUAUAAUACAAAACACCUAACUGUCAAGGUUCAAGAUUGUGUCUACUAAUCGAAAUGUUGUCAUUGUUGGUCAAGCUCUCUGGGGAGAAGUUGAAGGUUUAAUGCCUUAAAGUCUAAUAUGUAUAAUCAACAUAAAGUAUCCGUAAGAAAGAAAGACAAACAUUACAGUAAGAGCUACGUCAGACAAGAAAAUGUUUUAUAGGAAACUGUUGAAUACAUUUAGAUUUUUGCAACAGGAAAAGAAAGACAUAAAAUAUGUGUUAGGUAUAUACACAACAAAUAGACAAGCGCAUGCAUUAAAUCCUUGUGCAUGUGAAGUGAUUAACCCAGGAGAUGUUUCUUUCCAAGAAACUGUACUUUCCUCUCGAAAGCUGUUGAGCGGACUGGUGCAUUGAUUUCAUAGAAUGGAUUCAUCGCAAACUGGAAGACAACAUAAAUGAAUAAAUCGAACAAUAAAAGUAUAAAAAACAAAGGAUACCUCAUUUAAAAUGCUUGUAAUCAUAUGGAAGACAACUUACCUUAAUGUAUAAAUCAUAAACGUCAUUAAAAAAGUUUUUGAUUCCAUCUUCUUGUCGCACAUCAUGCAGCAUGAUGAAUCUUAUAUGUGAGGCAAAUAAUUAAAGAAGAUACAGCCAUGCCAAUGAAUUUCUGGAAUAUGACGAUACAUUAUAACAAUAUGACUGACUAUAUAAUCACAUUUUAAUGCAAACUAACAUGUUAAAUAAUGGCAGUUGGGCUUCAGCUAACAAUUAUUUUCAUUAUCAAUAUGUUGAUUAUUUUUUGUAUUAAUUGUGUGAUCUAUAAAAUGGCAGAAAAAAAAUUACAAAUGUUUAUUACACAUGAGAUUAGCCAUGUAGGGCUUUUGUCCGUCUAUUCAGUCAGUAAACUACAACAUAGCAAUAUGUUCAUUUUGAUUUGAUUCCCACCAUUUAUAAAGAUUGAUGUAUAGUCUGUUCUGUGGGGAUAAAAAGGGAAGAGUCACAUGGAACAGAAAGGAUAUGUCCUGCAGUGACGAAGGCAGAAACAAACCACUCGUUGAACUUGUCCACAGUUUUCAAGUACAUAUUGUUGGACAGCCACAUGUUUUCAUCCACCAAAUCCAGGGCGGCGUGUGCAAUGAACUGGUUUAAGUGACGAUGGUCAUCCUGUGGUCGAUAACACAAAUCUUAUUAAACUACAUAAUACAUUAACAGACUCUGAUUGAAUUUAAAUAACUGUAAAUGCCUUGUACCACCAACAUUAAACACAGUGGUGUGGUCAUAUGCUUCAUAGAUACAGCAAGCUGUAGUAUAUGGCUAGGCUGAUACAUAACAUUUGUUUACCACUGUUAUUGCACUAUUGGGUACUGGAAUGAAUACUUGUGCUAUUAAUAAAGUGUUACCUUUGAUUCAGACUUCCCAGCUGGCAAGAACUCCAUUUCAAACACAGGAUUGUCCUGAUGACCAACCAUGACAAAAUAAAAACUUCCAGACAUCGUU